AUGGCUCCCGACGAUUACCAUUUCAUGGGCACACCCUACACCACCCUUCGCGUUCACAAGCCAGACCACGGCGACGUCGCUAACGAUGUGCCCCCAAGAUUCGAACUCUUCCUCCUCGGCGACGGCGAGAAGAAAGUAACCUGGGCUCCCGAGACCCGUAAGCAACCACCUUCCCUAUCCUCGCCUUUCUUUCUAUCUCUGACCGUCUGCCUUUCACAGGUGNUCCCCGACGCAGCCGUCUUCACCUUCAACAAGGAAGACCACACCCUCGCCAACCUCCUCCGCGCCAAACUCGCAAAGUCACCAAACAUUUUGUUCUCCGCUUACAAAGUCCCUCACCCUCUGUUCGCAACCUUUGAAUUGCGUGUUCAGACCGAUGGAUCGCUUACACCCAAGGACGCCGUGAUCAGAGCUUGUGGAGACUUGAUUCAAGAGCUGCAGAGAUUGGACCAGGAAUUCACAAAGGAGUGGGAGCUCAAGAAGAUUGCCGGUCAAGGUCGCGAUGGACUUUGA